AUGCGUCUCAGUUAUUGGAGUGGCAGUGGCAACGGAGAGUAUCGAGUUAGAAGACAGCUCUCAGUAUCAUCAGACUCGAAAUUACUAGACGAGGGGGCGAGAGAGGAGGCAAGGGUGAUUAUGAGGCCGAAGCGACCUCCCAGGCCCAAGUCCGAAGCGUUCCUAGGACCACAUGAACAUUCAAAUAGACGUACCAAGCGAUUUAGUGCCUUUGGGGGUGACUCUCCAUUCGGGAAAUCCGAAGCGUAUAUAAAGCUGGAGCAACUCGGCGAAGGGUCGUAUGCCACAGUGUACAAGGGCUAUAGCAAUUUAACACAGCAAGUUGUGGCGUUGAAAGAAAUCAGACUGCAAGAAGAAGAAGGCGCGCCGUUCACGGCAAUACGGGAAGCGUCGCUACUCAAGGAACUGAAACACGCGAAUAUCGUUACGUUACACGAUAUCGUACAUACGAGGGAGACGCUAACGUUUGUCUUCGAGUUUGUGGAUACGGAUCUAUCACAAUAUAUGGAGAGACAUCCCGGUGGUCUCAAUCGUCAUAAUGUUAGGCUGUAUAUGUUCCAAUUACUUCGAGGGUUAUCGUAUUGCCAUCGGAGAAGGGUCUUACACAGGGACGUGAAACCUCAAAACUUAUUAAUAAGUUCGCACGGUGAGCUUAAGCUAGCCGAUUUUGGUCUUGCACGGGCUAAGUCAGUGCCCAGUCACACGUACUCACACGAAGUUGUCACGUUGUGGUACAGGCCACCAGAUGUACUGCUGGGCAGCACGGAGUACUCAACUUCUCUGGACAUGUGGGGUGUGGGAUGUAUUUUCGUGGAGAUGCUUUGUGGUGUUCCCACAUUCCCUGGAGUACGUGACACCAACGAUCAACUUGAUAAGAUUUUCAAGGUCCUCGGAACUCCAACAGAGGAAAGUUGGUCAGGUGUAACUCGCCUACCGGGUCUACGCACGCACAUUGCUCGUUGGGGCUGGUGCGCAGCUAGACCUCUCGCAUCGGCUUUUCCGCGCAUGCGCGACGCUGGAAGGGAUGCGCAGAGAUUAGCCGCGGCGCUAUUACAGCCGGAUCCGACGCGAAGGUUGUCAGCUCCAAGGGCGAUGAGACACGAUUACUUCGCUGAACUGUCUUCACGUCUUUCCGACUUGCCUGAUGAGGUGUCAAUAUUCACAGUGGAAGGCGUAAGUCUCCACCCAGAAGAAUAA